UUAUCUCAUUUCGCAUUGUUUUUUUUUUUUCUUUCUUUUUCUUCAGACCCCAAACACCAAAACCACCUUCGACGUAGGCACCGACCCGAAUCGGACGAGUGGAGUUCAGCUCCGAACCCGUUCAGGUGUUUCUAACACAAAUCUGGUUCUGAAGUUUCUGCAUCUAACUCUGUUGUUGGAUAUUGAUUUGGAGGAGGGGGGAUAAAGUAUAAUAGGGUUAGGGUUUUCUUGAAAGCACUGGUUUUUGUUGAGGAUAUAUAUAUAUAGGGGAAUUGGAUUGUUCCUAGGGUUUGAUUUGAGACGGGGAAGAUAGGCGUGGGCUAGAGGAUAAUGUGUAUACUGUGUGUGAUUCAGAAGUGGACUCGCCGGGUUGCUACAAUGCUACCUUGGUUGGUUAUUCCAUUAGUUUGUCUGUGGGCGCUUUCUCAGCUUCUGCCACCCGCUUUUCGCUUCGAGGUUACUUCGCCUCGUCUGGCUUGUGUUUUUGUGUUGUUGGUUACUCUCUUUUGGUAUGAGAUUUUGAUGCCUCAGCUUUCGUCUUGGCGGGUGCGGAGGAAUGCACGGCUUAGGGAGAGGAAGAGGUUUGAGGCUAUAGAAAUGCAGAAGCUAAGGAAGACAGCUACUAGGCGGUGUCGCAAUUGCUUGAAUCCCUAUAGGGAUCAGAACCCUGGUGGGGGUCGGUUUAUGUGUUCGUAUUGUGGGCAUGUUUCAAAGAGACCGGUUUUAGACUUGCCUGGGUCUCCAGAGUUGAGGAUUUCAAGUUCUGGUAUAGUUAAGGACUUGGUUGGAAAAAGUGGCAAGAUAUUAAAUAGCAAGGUAUGGUCUGAAAAUGGGUGGAUGUGCAGUCAUGACUGGUCGGAGAAUGGCAAUUGGGUCGGUGGGUCUAUUUUAGGUAAUCCUAGCAACUGGAGGACGAACAGGAAUGCUGGUCUUUUUGGAGAUGAGCAUUGUUUGACAAAGAGGUCUUAUUCCGGUAUGUUUUCUUUUAUUUGCAAGCUUUUGACAACUUUUUUCUUGAGCAUUAGAUGGCUCUGGAUAAAGACUUUUAGAAUUAGUUCGAGGGAAGAAUUUUCAUCUGAUGCUGAACGUGCACUCUUAGCAAAACGAGGUGAGAAUGGGGAAAGCCUCAAUGAAAGUAAAGGGGAAAGAGCACGCAGGAAAGCUGAGGAGAAAAGGCAGGCUAGGCUAGAGAAAGAACUUUUGGAGCAGGAAGAGAGAAAACAGAGGGAGGAGGUUGCAAGGUUAGUAGAGGAGCGUAGGAGGCUGAGAGAUGAGAUAAUGGAAGCUGAGAAAGAUCACAGUAAAUCAUCUCAUCCCAGUAAGGAGAAAGGCAGUAGGAAGGAAACUGAAAAGAAGCGUCAGGAAAAAAGAAAAGAUAAAGAUAAAGGGUCUAGUAAGAGCAACUCUGAUGUAGAAGAACUGGAUAGAAGAGCUGGCAAGGAAAAUGAACCAAAGCGGGACUUUGACAAAAAGAGUGAAACUGAUCGUAAGGAGCAUCAUAAAUCUGGGUUAGAGAGUGGCAAGGGACAGAUUACAGACAAUGCACAUAUUAAAAAUGUCGCUGCAAACAGUUUUAACCGAGGAAGUACAGGAACCAGGUACCUUGAUCGUAUGCGGGGUACAAUUUUGUCUUCUUCAAAAGCAUUUGGUUUUGGAAGGGGUACUAAUAUUUCUGCCACUGGGGUGAAAGAAAACAAGUUUAACAGUUUUGUUGAUCAUGCUCAAACUGCUGCCAGCAGGAGAGACAUAUGUCCUCCUGAACGUACAACUGCAAAAUCCAAUUUGAAUGGAAAUGAUAGGAAUAUCAAUCACUCUGUUCUCGCAGAACCACAGCCAUGGACUGCCCCUAAAAAGUCAUGGCAGCAAUUAUUUACUCGUUCCUCACCUGUUCCUCAAUCCUCAAAUUCAAAUGUAAUAUGUAGACCAAAUUCCAAAAUUCAAGUAGAAGCCAAAAGCCCUCAGAUAUCUGGCCAGUCAACAGUUACACAAUCAUUUAAUAAUCCAAUUCACUUUGGUCUUCCAUCACCAUUUAAUAUUUCCACCUAUCCAAAUGGAUCAACCAGUAGUAGUCUAGGUUUUUCUCCUGCAAUUGAACCCUUAUUCUCUCCAGUUGAAAAUCCAUCAAAUGACUUUAGACAUGAAGAGCAAGAGCUUUUUGAAGACCCCUGUUAUGUUCCAGAUCCGUUAUCCUUGCUUGGGCCUGUUUCUGAAUCACUUGAUAAUUUUCAAUUGGACUUGGGAAGUGGCUUUGGGACAGACAUGGAAGUACCGAAGCCUCACUCUUUAAAAAACACAUCUGCUGGUUCUGAUGUCAAUAAGCCAUCUCCAAUUGAGUCCCCAUUGUCCCGAGAAAAGUUUAUCUAUUCUAAUCGGUUUCCAAGUACCCCCCAGGCCAAAGACAUGCAUGCAUUUCCUUUGGAUGAUGCAGCUGCAAAUGAAAAGGGAACAUGGCAGAUGUGGAGUACUUCACCACUUGGUCAGGAAGGUUUAGGUUUGGUCGGCAGCCCAGGAAACUGGCUCUUAUCCUCGCAAAGGAAUGUACCAAACAAGGAUGGCUUUGUACUUCCAUCAUCUCAGAAUACUAUGGCUUCUGUUUUUAGCAAAGAUGAUAACACAAUUUCCAGGACUCAUUCUCCGCAAAAUGUUCUUCUUCCUAAUGGUCAGAGUGGUGGGACCUUCAGCCCUGUUACUGGUUCAAGUGGUUAUGGCCCUUGGUCGCAGAGUGCUUUCUUUCCUUCAUUGUCAGGUGGCCUUAUAGCUCACGAGAAUGCUACUCAGAAUGAAAUGAUAUAUGGGAGUCCAAUUGGGUCAGCUAGCAGCCAUGUUCGUGAGGGUUCUCCAGCUAACAGUUGGUCCAAAAAUGAAUGGCCUAUACAUGGUUCUAUGGAAAGCAUAGGGAAGUCAUCUGUUGCAAGGCCCCAUAAUGGCGUUUUACAUCCAACCUCAGAUGCACAAUCAUUUUGGUCAUUUGAUUAGAAAGGAUAGUGACAGGGUAUGAGGGACUUGAUAAACAAAAAACUGUUCUCUUGAGGGAAAUAGCCUCCUUUGGGGGAAGAGUUUAGAAUACUGAACGCAUUGUAUCUUCCUUUUUCCUUAUGAAGGGAGAUUGAUGUUUACUUAACGUUAACAUCGAUAGGAAUACAUGUUGGAUGCAUGCCUUUCUGAGGCAGGUAAUGAAUGAGAGGUGUCCCCAUUUUGACGUCAAUUUGUUCUAUGGAGAAUGCUGGUUCACAUUCCCUCUCGUAUCAUGAUCUUCAAAUAUGCAUCAAUUCAUAUCUUAAUGGCAAAUAAACUGAUACUAACAUUGUCCGCUGAAGAAAUAG